AUGGCGUUGCAGUCUCGGUCGGUGCGGCUGAUAAGCUUGAAGACCUGCGACGUGCAGGCAUUAAGCAAGGGUGCGGCCCGUGGGCCGGGUCAGAGAAGUGACCUUCCCGUUGUGCACCCGUACGCAAGAGGUUCUAUGCAACGAAUCUCGUUAGAGGGUCACGCAGGGUCCUUCGAUGCGGUGGAUGAUGCCUUCUUGGAGGACCGUUUUGCAAGGACCUCCCGUGCGCCCAUCGAGUCCCGAUGGAAAACGUGGCAGCGGCUGUGUGCUGCCCGGUCCGUGGACCCAUUGCCUCUGACUCAGGAAAAGAUCUUCAAGGUGGGGGCCCUCUUGAAGGAGGGCAAGUACCGGUCGAGCCGAAUAUGCGUGGACAGAUGCGUUGGAUUUGGCGGUGCAGCAGUCGGGCCGGCACGGCUCAAGCGCGACCUGUUCGUCGAUCGUGCUCCGUCUGACCUCGAUGCACAGCUCCAUGCAGCCUACGCGCGCUUGCAGGUGCCCGUCGAGCACCAGUUCGCCGAGCCAUGUGCCGCGCUGGCUGUGGCAGUCUGGUUCCUGCUCCGAGGAAUCGAAGUGGCCAAUGUUCGGUGCACCGAUGUGACUCUGAACCGGGGCGACCGCCUAGUUCGGUUGUCUCUGCCCGUGUCGAAGACGGAUCCAGUGAUGUUUACUCAGCUGCAGACGUGCUCGUGUGCCGGGGGGCGUCAGCCACUGUGCCCGUUUCACGGGGCCCUCCGAUUGGCCAUCGGUAUUCGGAAGUCCCGUCAGUGGUCCGCAGAUAUGUUCUUGUUCUCAGGCUCGCAGAUACCCCCGAGCAAGCGCCAGGUCGCAAGGUUGGCCCAGGUCGUCGGGUUUUGUUUGCGCAACGAUGCCUCCGAGGAUUGGAUGCUCGCCCAAAUCGAGGAUUGGGCAGAGCACGCGUUUCGUGUCGCAGGGGCCCAGUUGCUGGCCCGUUCGAUGGUGCCCCUCCCGACCAUACAGAUGCUAGGCCGUUGGGGCUCCAUGGCAGUGAUGAGGUACGUGCAAGAAGCGGUGAUGAACCAGCCUGCCAUCACUGCAGCCGCGGUGGCAUCGCACCUGUCAGGGGCGGCGCCAGUUCGGGCGACCGAUACGUUGCGCGACCAAGUUCGCCGAUUCGUGGCCGAGUGCAUUGAGGUGAAGAAGCUGCUGACGCCCGCCGCGGUGGGCGAAGGGGUGAAGCUCACUACCGGCACCGCCGUCAAGCUCGACGACGUGCAGUUUAUGGUGGCCCUGUCCGUGGUCGCGCGCAUGGUUGACGAGAUCAGGGUCGCUAAGGUGUUGCCGGAAGGGUACUGGGCGGAGUUCCUGGCCGAAUUCCAGUCCGAGAAGAUCGGGGGGAUCGCAAGGCAGUUCCCGACACUCCUCCUGUCCGGGGUCGCGGGCCCAGAGGGUGCAAAGUUCGUUUCCUGGUCGAAGUGGUUACAGCAGUUCGCAUCAGUGUGCACCCUGCAGUUGGUUCUUGUCGUCGAGAACGUUUUGAUGCAGCCAGACAUCCAAGACCUUUUCGACAAAGAACUGUGCUGCAAGUCGUUCGUUUGUGACGCCGCGUCCUGGUCGGUUGUGUCACGGCCACGCCUUUGGUGGGUGAGCGACCUGUGCCCGCCCAAGGCCAACGAGCCCACACUCACACCAGCGUCAGUGUGCGGUGGACUUGCACGCUGGCGCAAGUACAACCGGUUUUGGCAGUUGCUACCGUCCAGUCCAGUUUUCCCCAAGCAGGUCGCGUCCACCUGUUCGACGGCCGCUUUUCACACUGAGGUUGUUGCCGGCCGGGUUCUUCUCUCUUGUAUUACAACUCCCGCACCCAGUCCGGCCGGGCGCCCGCCACCGCCCAAGCGACGACGCAGCGAGUCGCCGGGCACCAUGGCGAGGUGGAAAGAGGGGUCGCAACAAUACCCCCCGUGGCAAUAUUGCAAGACUGCUCUCGUCCGGAUUGCUGGGGUCGAUCGCCCGCCAGACGCGCCGACACGCGAAUGGCUUCAGGGUUUGCCUUCGGGGUACGCCGCGGUGUGCUCUGAACAAGAGCGUUGCACGCAACUCGGCAACUCGUGGCACUUGUCCGUUGCCCGCUUGCUCCUGUGCUUGGUCCUGGUCCAGAGUCAGGCGUUGUCGGUGUCAGCGUGUGCUCCAGGUUGUUGGUACCCGUCCGUUCCGGACCCUACUGCAGAGCUGCGUUUCCACCCGGACGGGAGUCGCCCUCUCGUUCGCGCUGCGUCGUUUUGGCACCGGUCGUCCUUGUCUUGGGACCCCCGUGAGCCGACCCUGCCGGUGCUGUCUGGCCCAACCGACGACCCGUUCGCUCACUUGGACUGGGCUUUGGGUUUGGACUUUCUGGCCUUGUUCCUUGUUAAGCUCAACCCGUGUCUUCAGUGGUGCUACGAGUCACAGCCUCUCUUCCAAGGCAAGCUUCCCGAGUGGCGUCAGUCCGUGUGCGACGACCUGUCCGCGUUGGUCGAGGAACUUCGCGAAGAACAAGAGUCGUGGUUUCUUGUCGCACCUCAGCACGUUCGACAGGUCUACUGCAGAGGCCAGGCAACACUGCAGGUGCACCUUUUGGCGUUGACUUGGCUUUUGGACUUGCUGCAGUUCCCAGGUCGCCGGGCGUUGGUCACCGAGAUGUUCUGGAGGUUCCCUUUGCUCGGUCCGCUUACCCCAGGCACGGGGUGGGCCCCCAGGUCAGACUACAAGUACUCCCGUCCGUUGUCUCCAGCUGAGUUCAGGUCGGCAAAUCGGGCGCACGUGGCAGAAGUCGUCUCUUCUUUGAAGUCUGGUGAGCACUCCGAAACCAUGUUCGAAGAAAUCCUCGAGGAGUGUAAACGUGGUCGCGUUGCUGGCCCUUUUCCGGCCUCCAAGCUCCUCCUCCAAGACACCAGUUCGUGUGCUUCCCGUGCGUUCCCGGUCGUUCAAGGUGGUAAAGUCAGGCGUGCCGACGACUGGUUGCGCAGUCACCACAACGCGACAGUGUGGGUCUCAGACUCUCCUGCGUAUUGUGGGGUGGAUACCCUCGCUAGCUGCAUCCAGUCCGCACCUGUUCGGCAGAACAUGUUGCUCAGCGCGGUGGAUCACGAAGGGGCAUACAGAGGGCUACCCGUCCGCUCACCAAGUGAAUGCGGCGUAAUCCUUCCCGUUCAGAAGGAUCGCUGCCUGUUCGUGCACAACAGCCUCCCGUUCGGCAGCACGGGGAGCGUGUGGUCUUACCUCAGGGUGGCGGACGUGCUCUCGUUCUUGGCGGUCAGCCUCCUGUUCGUGCCCUCCGCCCACUUUGUCGACGACUUCCACCAGUCCGAAUCCGCCGACGUAGCCGACUCAGGUUUUCAGAGUUUUAAGCUCUUUCACAGCACGUUAGGGUUCAGGAUGAAGGUGGCCAAGGAAAAGCGACCUUCUUGUUCGCACACGUUGCUGGGAGUGCUGUGGACGAUCGUCCAGGACGGCGUGUGGGCUAGCCCCGGCCCGGAGAGGGUGCAAAAGCUUGUGGACUCUCUGUCCGAGUGCCUGCAGAGAGGUACCUGUUCAGGCGCCCUGGCCGCUCGCCUCGCAGGGAAACUAACGUUCGUGUGCGCUUGGGUGUUCGGGAAGGCAGGUCAGGCUCUGUUGAAGCCCCUGUACCGCAGACAGCACAGUGGGAGUACUGGCGAGGCUGAGUUGCCGCCCGCUCUGCGAGUUAGCUUUCGACUCCUGGUCGAACUCUUGCCAGCUUUGAAGCCGAGGUUCCUUCCCAACCUCUCCCGUUCUGUGAGUAUGCGUGUCGCUAAGCUGUACGCUGAUGCCUUCAUCACCAUGCAUGGCCAGCGCCGUUGCACCAACCGGUGGAUGGACGACAGCACUGCCCUACAACAACUGCGUGAGUCUACCAACGGAUGGGGAGCCAUCUACAUAGGCCCGUCCGACCAGCGAUGGAGCUUUCGCGCACAGGUGCCAGAGUCAGUUCUGCGCCGGUGCUGUACCAGCCGAGACUACAUCUACUGGUUGGAGCCAGUCGCUCAGUUGAUCUCCCUGGCAGUUGUCGCAAGAGACCAGUUCGACUGCAUAGUCUGCUUUGUCGACAACACCGCCGCAGAGCACGUGCUGAACAAGGGCACGUCCAAAAAAUCCGAGUCUUUGCUGGUUAAUCG